AUGCAUUCCACGCAACUUCUUCAGGUCCUGGCGGUGGCCUUGACAACAUUCUCUGUCGCCCAUGCAUCUAUUGCUGGUCCUCAGGCGCUGAGGAUACCACAAAUGCAUGAGAUCGUCAAGAGGCAAUCCGGGUCGGACCCCAGUUCUUCGUCGAGCUCACAAAGGUCUCCGUCUACCACCACGCCUAGGACCACGCCAAGCUCAACGACUUCGUCAUCAAGUAGCCGCGAGACGACGACACCUCCUGCCCCGACUACUCCCAAUCCUAACCCACAACCCUCGCCGACAACACCUGGUCCAACUACGCCUACUCCGACGUCGGCGACAUCCACAACGUCUCAAAAUACGACACCGCCCCCAGCGGAGAGCUCAAGCACAUCAAGAACUACCAUAACCACUGUCAUCACCACCACCAACAGCGAUGGCUCGAUUUCCACCCAGACCAGUCAGAUCGUCCAGGAAACCACUGUGCCCAGCUCUGGCAAUAACGACAACAAGGGUAUGGACGAGAAGCAGCGCAACACUAUUAUUGGAGCUGUAGUUGGUGGUGUCGGUGGUGCCAUCGUCUUGGCCGUUAUUGGUCUGGUGGCCUGGCGUGUCUGGGGUCGCAAAAAGAACCAGGAGGAAGUGGACAACUCUUUCGGAACCUCUGCGUACAACGUCGCUGAGAAGCCCGAACCGACUGCUGGUUCUACCAACAGCCGUACGCCCUUCCAAAGCACUCUCGAGAGCUACCACGCACCCACUCACGUCAACACGGCCUCCAAUUUUUAA